AUCUCUUACAAGGAGUCAAUUGUCGUUAUAAAAGCUAUUUACAAUAUUAAAUAAAUGAAAUUUAUGUAUUUAUUUACGACCUAGUAUAUAAUUACACAAUUAAAAUGGUAUUUUUUAGAAUGGUGGAUAAUAAUUGAAUUUUUAAAUUAUGAAAUUUAUCAGAAACUUCUCAAGAGAUGUCCGUGUAAGAUUUGCACCAAGUCCCACUGGGCAUCUUCAUUUGGGUGGCUUAAGGACUGCUCUCUAUAAUUUUCUUUUUGCUCGUUCGAAUAAAGGAAAAUUCAUAUUAAGGAUUGAAGAUACUGACCAAACAAGAUGCAUACCGCUUGCAAUGGAAGAAUUGGAAAGGGAUCUAGAAUGGGCUGGGCUCAAGCCAGACGAAGGACCUUCAUCAGGUGGUAAAUUCGGUCCAUAUAUACAAUCACAACGCUCUCAUUUGUAUAAAGAAUUUGUGGAUAGACUGUUGAAGUCUGGAGCUGCUUACUGUUGCUUUUGUACAGAAAGGAGACUAGAAUUGCUGAGAAAAGAUGCGCUUAGGAAUCGACAAGUCCCCAAAUAUGAUAACAGGUGUCGAAGUUUGGAUAAGAAAGAAAUUAUCGAUAAACUAAAUUCAGGGGCCGAGAAAUGUAUUCGGUUGAAGCUUGUUCCUUCAGAGCCAUUUAAUGAUCUGGUGUAUGGAACAGUCCAGCAUGAAGUUAUGGAAAUGGAAGGAGAUCCUGUAAUAAUGAAAACAGAUGGUUGGCCUACAUAUCACCUGGCUAAUGUUGUUGAUGAUCAUCUAAUGAACAUCUCUCAUGUUAUACGUGGUGUAGAAUGGCUUUUGAGCACCAAUAAGCAUAUCAUGAUUUACAGGGCUCUUGGUUAUGAACCUCCUAGAUUUGUCCAUUUGCCUCUCAUACUGAACACUGAUGGAACUAAACUUUCAAAAAGACAAAAUGAUAUAGCAAUAAAUUCUAUGAGAUCGAAAGGUGUUUUUCCAAGGGCUUUGCUUAAUUUUGUAAUUCAGGCUGGUGGAGGUUUUCCCAGUAAUAUAGACCCCAAUUCUUCACUUGAACAACUUAUUUCCAAAUUUGAUUUAGGUAAAGUGAAUACAAAUUCUGGGAAGCUGCCUAAUGAUAGAUUGGGAGAGUUCAACAGAUUAGAGAUUACUAGGCAGAGUAAAGAUGAAAAGGAAGUUACUGCAUUAGUGAAUGAAAUAAAAUCCAUUGUCGCUGAUACUUUUCAAAGCAGGUUUAAUUCUGAGGAUUUAGAUAUCAGCGACGAACAUAUUAAAUCAGUCCUGCUGUGGAGUCUACCUAGGAUACAUUAUCUCAAUGAUCUUGUCAGCAAGAAUUUGGAAUUUUUAUGGAUUAGGCCAAACUUCAAAAAUAUCAAAGCCGACUUUGAUCCUGCAAUUUUAAAUAAGCUUGAAAAUGAAUUAGUGCACAUCGAUUUCAGUAAAGAAAAUAUACAGCAUAUGCUUAAGUUAUUUUCCAAAGAAAAUGGUAUUGUAUUUAGAGAUAUGAUGGGAUUUUUGAGAAUGUCUUUAAGUGGUUUAAAGCAAGGUCCAGGAGUUGCAGAAAUGAUGGAAAUUUUAGGCAAGAAUUCUUCUUUAAAAAGAUUAGAAAGUGUUAAAAAAUCUUUUAUGACAGUGAACUGAUAAAUACUGAUAUGUACUUACAUAGUAAGAUAAAUUAUCUUAAAAAUAUUUUUUAUAUUAAAAAAUAAAUGUACAUAUGCUACUCUAA